UAAAAGUCAAACGAUGGAAUUCUUCAAUAUUUUUAUUGUUAUAGAAUAUAAAAAAUUGCAUUAAUUUUUCUAAUCAUAGUUACCAAAACUACGAUACUUUACUUUAAAAACUUUCAUUCGAAAUGAUUUGGAAUUUGUCUAUUUAAAAUGGCUUCUCAACAAUAUAAAUCAUGUUAAAAACCUGAAACUUCGUCUUGGAAGUGGUGAAUUGUAUGAAACAAAGCAAACAAUAUGGACAUCUUUUAUUGAUGCAAAUUUUUCUUCGACAAUAUUGUUUAUCUGACGUAAUAGAUAGUAUAAUAGAUUUUAAUUUUUAUAUUUCUUCUUAUUGUCGAGUAUUAUCAAUUGAUGCUGGACAAAUAAUUAAUUCAUUUCAAUUUCAUCCUCUUUUCAUUGAUCGUCAGUGGACAAAUGUAAGAUAUUUUUAUGAUCCAACAAUAUCAUAUCAACAUAUAUUUUCUACAAAUGUCAACACUACACUUCAAUUCUUUAAUGGUUUAGUUAAUUAUCCGUAUCUUUUUGAAUGGCCAAAUAUUCGACAUAUUUCGAUUAAUUUUCAUCCAUCAUUUUAUAUAUUUCUUGAAAAACUUGAUGAAAUAUUUCCCAAUGUCUCUUCUAUCACAGUUCGUAUGGGUAAAUACAUUAUUACUUCUAAAUUUUUCUUUUUAAUCUCUGCAAAUUUGACAUUGAUUGAAGAACUAUUCAUCGAAUAGAACAAAGAUUGCACCAAAUUUAGUUUCAAGAAUUUGAAUUGGUUAGUGAAGAAAAUUAUUUCACUGAAACAAAUCGCAUAUUUAAGAUAUAAUCAUGAAUAUUCUUUCAGAAAAUCUAGCACAAUGAAUUUCUAUUUGAGUAUGUGAUAAUUUUAAUUCAAUUCAUAAAAUUAAAAUUGUUCGGUCAGCUUAUGUUUAUUUAAAAGGGCUUCUCUCUCCAAACGUAAGUUCUAGAAUAAUCUGUGGAUAUUUAAUGUUUACCUCAAAAAUGACAUUUUUCUAUAUUGCUGAUACUCCACUGCUGCAGCGUUCGAAAAGGCUGAAAAAUAAAUUUCCGCUUUUCGAGCAUUCACAUGUAUUAUUUAACCACAGAUUCAGUGCCGAUUAUCGAUAUAUAAAAAGUUUUAUUGAAUAUGUUGAAUAUUGUGAAAAUAAAGUCACCAUACUAUGUCUUUUAUAUAAGAAAACAGGCUAUUUUUGUGAAUAAUUCUACAUCCUAACAGGAAGCCCCUACUUCUCCAGAAGAAGUGUACUCUAAAAUACAGAGAGUCUAUUACUGGACAGCUUUUGAGAAAGUUUCACGUUGGUACUCACUUGUUCUUCCGGCAUAAGGUUAAGCACACUAAAAUGCUAUU